CCCAUCAAAUUAAAUCGGCUUGAUAAGAGUCGAGUUUUCUUUUAGGCGAAGAAACCGUAAUCCCAAACAAAGUGUACGAAACGUAGAAAAUGUAAAAUGUACAAAUGGUAUACAAACCCUCCUAAAUUCACAAAACACUCCGGGAAGGUUAAACGUGGUAUAUGAAAACAAAAACAAAGAUAAACUAACAAUGAUAUAGACACCACAAAAAAAAAAAAAAAACUGGAGUUAACAUCUACGUCUUUCUUCGGUGUCAACAAAUUUAAAUUGUUUGAGGAUCAUUUUACGAUAAAUGUUCAUUCAUUUUGUUCGUCGUAAACAAUUCUAGGAAGUCGCCAACUUGACGGUUUGUGCUCAUUCGCGAUUAUACGUCACGCGCGACGCGUUCCAACAUGGCCACCGGCUUGCGAGCGACGACGACGCGCGAGAGGAAGAAAUGGAAAAUUGACAGCACCGAGGCCCGAGUCGGCGGCAGCGGCGGCGGCCAGCAGCUGACGGACAACAAUCUGGCGGUUCCUUUCCGGGGUGACAUUGGCGGCGGAAUGCAUCCUGGGAGGAAGCUGGUUGUCGUGGCCAUCGUGGACUCGCACCCUGACAAGUUCUACGUGGCGCUGACGUGCGGGCUGCGUCGGGCCUGCGUGGCCGGCGUCUGGGGGCGGGCCGAAAGCGACGUGCCCUUCUUUCCCUUCAUCGCGGGACAGCCCUUUAAGAUGGAAGUGGAGUGCUUGUCGGGCGGCUUCCGGGUCUUCGUGGACGCGCAGAAACUUUUCGACUUCCAGCACCGGUUGGCGCCGCUGCACUUGGUGGACACGCUGUGGAUCAAAGGCGGCGUCACCAUCACCAAGCUGGGCUGACGGCGGACCGUCACCACGGCGACGGCCCCGGACCGUCACCACGGCGACGGCCCCUCCGCUCGACCCGUUUGGGUCACCCGCCGCCUUGACCUUACGUUGUGACCUCGGGCGCCCAUGCUUGGUGGCUACGUGCUAGCGUGGUUUCGAGCUCAUUCUGGCUGACGGUGACAUCUUCCACCACGAAAAUGGAGAAUUCCAUGAGCCCAUUCCAGCCGCACCCCCCCCUCCCAAAAAAAAAAAAAUUUUGCCAUCUUGAGCUCUUUAGCAGUGAUUAGUUCAAUGUUCCCACCUCCAGAAAUGCCCAACGUAGCUCCGAGAACCGAUUGGUCGGAAAAUGAAGGAAGGAAUAAAAAUAACGUGUCCUUUAACGCCAA